CCUUGAUCUUCCAGCCGCUGGCUCGUUUUUAGUUCUUCAACUUCUGGGUUCGUCUUCUAGACGCUGUUUAAAGGAUGCUCUCGAGUCCGACAUCGUCUGGCUGGUCAAGGCCGUCCCAAAUCGAGAUCCUGGUCACUCGCGCUUGCGAUCCGUCUUUACCAGAGCCUAAUUAUGCCCUACAUCUCGAGGUCGCCGAUUAUAUCAACAAGAAGAAGGCAAACAGUCCUAGGGAAGCCGCUAUGACCAUAGCCAGGCUAGCGAAUCAUCGAAACCCACACGUCGCAAUCCUAGCGCUCGCCCUAUUGGAUACCCUGGUACAAUCUUGCGGCUACCCAUUCCAUCUUCAGAUAUCCACCAAAGAAUUCCUCAAUGAGCUCGUCCGCCGCUUCCCAGAACGACCGCCGCCUUUCCCCGGACCUGUUAUGUCCAGAAUCCUCGAUCUGAUUCAUGGAUGGAAGGAGACGAUAUGUGUAGAGUCGCGAUGGAAAGAGGACCUUGGAAACAUUCGGGAUAUGCACCGUCUUCUCACCUUCAAGGGAUAUCGGUUCCGCGAUUUCCCUCGUCCACAGCCCUCAGUGGCCGCAGCCGCGAAUUUGAAAACUGCAGAAGAGUUGGAGGAGGAAGAUCGAGAGGCGCAGUCUGCCAAGUUGCAGGAACUGAUUCGGCGGGGCACCCCUAGGGAUUUGGCCGCUGCGCAGGAGCUGAUGAAGAGUCUGGCUGGCGCGAAUCCAGAGGCAAAGCCUGAUUACAGGGCGCAGGCUUUGACGGAAUUGAACAAGCUGGAGCAGAAAGUCAUUUUGCUCAACGAGAUGUUGGAUAACGUAGAUCCUAACCGAGGGGAGAAGUUUGUCGACGGAGAUGCAUACGAUCAAGUUUCGGCUAUUCUCAAAGCUGCAAGACCCAAAAUCCAGAAAUGGAUUUCUGACGCCCAGAAUGAUGAUCCUGAAUCCCUUGACACUUUCCUCCAGAUCAAUGACCAAAUCAAUACCGUCAUGACCCGAUACGAAGCAUUCAAGAAAGGAGACUAUUCCGUCGCCGCUCAUCCCCUCCCUAAUGAAGCUGCCAGCUCCAGUGCACAACCACAAUCGCUUAUCGACUUUGAUGACGAGUCCGAGUCGUCCUCGGCACAACCAGCAGCGUCAACUGCACCAUUAAAUGAUCUCAGUGGAUUGUUCUCGAGCCCAGCACCACCACAGGUUACAACAACAUCAACUAUUCCCCCAAACCUUUUCAAUCUCCUCGGAAACUCGACACCUCAACAGCAACCUAUCGCUCCUCAGCCCGUCAUGGGCUCGUCCAAUGGACAAUUCGGCGCUUUUGGUGGCAUGAACCCACCCCAGCCGACAAAUACCCCGCCUGCUGCUAUCCGACUGGGUGGAACACCGGUCCCGAAUGUAUCCCUGUCCCCAAACUGCUUCAACACCAACACCGGGCCCACAGGACCAGCCUCGGGCUUUGCCAAACCUAGGACUAUGGGUUCUGUGCAAUCGACUUCCACUCCUCAGUUCCAGCCCUUGCAGCCACAAGCAUCGGGAUCCCAAUCGUCCGCUCCUGCGUCGACAUCGGCUUCAUCUCAGGCCAAAAAGGAUCCAUUCGCUGAUCUUGCUGGGUUGUUCUAG